UACCGCGUGGGGUGCGAGACCAUUUGAUCUGCAACGUUCGUACCAAUCGCUCGUUUUAACAAUGUUAUUGUUUCUGCUCUGUAUCUCUUUGUAUGGCGCAUUAGGAGCAGAGUUCACGCUACCGGGUGAGUGUCCAAAUAUGAAGCUGCAAGAGAACUUGGAUUAUACUAAGUUUUCAGGGGUAUGGUACAACGUUGCAAGCUAUGCAAGCGAUGGACGGCCAAUCUACGAUUGUGCCACCCUGGACUUCCAGGAAGACAACCUUGGCUACACCCUACGGGAGACGUACGUGAAUGUCGACGGGGGUAAUAGAACCCAGAAGUCUUACCUGGCAAGAGUCGACCCCACGUUUGAUGCUGGAAACAAGGCUCAGUUCAUUGUCAGCCACGAGGGCGGUGAUAAAGUUCUGCAGUUUCCGUUUUUCAUCUUGUCCACUGAUUACGAUGAAUACGCCAUAGCGUACACGUGUAAAACGUUGAAGAAGAAAACCAGGACUCAUUAUGUUUUCACAUGGAUCCUCACGAGAACCAAGAACAAACUGCAAGGCGAUACUCAAAAGAAAGUAGAGACUGCUCUUUCGAAUUACCUAGAACUGGCCGAGCACCGAAAGCAGUUCGUAUUUAAAGAUUUUUCCGAAGAAGACUGCUCCUACACGGAUCAAUUCAAAACCGAUUUCUUCACAAGCAACUUCUGGUGAUGAUUGUUUCUUGAUUAAUUUACUUGACUGUGAUUAAAUAAAGAAUAAUUGUGUAUUUUGUAUUGAUU